AGCAGGCAUAUGUUGUCACAGCAGAUUAUUUAUGACUAAUUAUAAUGAAUAUAGUUUUAUAUUCAUAUAUUUAUGUUUAUAUAAUUAAUAUUAUUAGUGUUUUAUUUUGAAAAGUCAUCACGCCUGAUUCGUGCGCCGCGCCGGACCGCAUGCUUCAGUCCCGGGGGGCAGGUCUAGUUUGAAGGAUCUGAAGUGGUGUAAGUAGUAGUUGAGGAGGAUGGAGUGUCGCAUCUCUCUACACAACCAGGUGUUUCUCUACACAACCAGGUGUCUCUCUCUACACAACCGAGCAUCUCUCUACACAACCAGGUGUUUCUCUACACAACGGGGCAUCUCUCUACACAACCAGGUGUUUCUCUACACAACUAGGUGUCUCUCUCUACACAACCAGGUGUCUCUCUCUACACAAUCGGGUGUCUCUACACAACCAGGUGUCUCAUUACAUAACCAGGUGUCUCUCUACACAUCCAGAUGUCUUUACACAACCAGGUGUCCCUCUACACAACUGUGUGUCUCUACACAACCAGGCAUCUCUCUACACAACUAUGUGUCUCUCUGCACAACCAGGUGUCUCUAAACAAAUAUGUGUCUCUCUACACAACUAUGUGUCUCUCUACACAACCAGGUGUCUCUACACAACCAGGCGUCUCUACACAACCAGGUGUCUCUACACAACUAUGUGUCUUUCUACACAACCAGGUGUCUCUACACAACCAGGCGUCUCUCUACACAACCAGGCGUCUCUCUACACAACCAGGCGUCUCUCUACACAACCAGGUGUCUCUCUACACAACUAUGUGUCUUUCUACACAACCAGGUGUCUCUACACAACCAGGCGUCUCUCUACACAACCAGAUUCCACAGAUCCUCAGUGAGAUCCUAACCCAUCAGAGAUUUCCAUCCUGUGGAAUGUGUGACUACCAGAAGCUGAACGAAGAGAAUGAACGAAGUCUACAUUCACCUGGUGGAGAUAACCAACGCCAUGAAGAACCUGUACCUUCAGGACAUUGGAUUUUCUGGUACCGUACAGAAUUCACGACUCCAACAAUUAUGACUGCAAAGCAGCCGCAGAGCAUCACAUUACCACCACCAUGUUGGACUGUAGAAUGACAACAACGACGAGUCCAAAGUCUCUGGGCAGGUAAUAGAGACGCAAACCUACAGCUAGAAGUUCAAUGUCCCUGCAGCAGUUGGAGAUUUUUAUGCUUGAUCUUAGUCCAAUCAAGCAUUUGUGGGACAUGCUGGACAAACAAGUCUAAUCCAUGGAUCUGCUGCGAACGGCUUGGUGCCAGAUCCCACAGCACACCUUCAAAAGUCCUGUGGAGUAAAAACUGAGGUGGGAACAAAAACUCCACUUCAUCACACCACUCUGGUAAUGAUUAGGUUCUUGACAGGGACAUGGUAGCUCAGUGGUUAAGAUGGUGGACUCCUGAUCGGAAGGUUGUGAGUUCGAGUCUCAGCCCUGCCGGUGUAUAAAUAGUGUGGUUGCCAGUUGCUCUGAAUAAGGGUGUCUGCCAAAUGCACUGUAAAAAAAAAAAAAAAGGAAAUAAAAAACGUUGCUGGUUUUGAGUGCAUGUCCUUUUU